AAGACCUCGGAAGCCAAGCCACAGCCAUGCUCAAGGCCCCUCUCCACACAUUCGGCAAUUUCUGGUUCCUGGUGCAUAUCAGUACCCAGAUUUGGCCAUGGCUGCAUGGAGCUGUCUUGUGACAGGAGCAGGAGGAUUUCUGGGGCAAAGAAUUGUCCACUUGCUGGCGGAGGAAAAGGAACUGCAGGAAAUCAGGGUGCUGGACAAAGUCUUCAAACCAGAAGUGCUGGAGCAAUUUUCUAAGCUGCAGAGCAAGGUCAAGGUGACGGUGCUGGAAGGAGACAUUCUGGACAAGCAAUGUAUAAGGGAAGCCUGCCAGGGCACCUCUGCUGUCAUCCAUACGGCCUCCAUCAUCGACAUUUAUAAUCUCUUCCUAAGAGAAAACAUUGUCAUGAAGGUCAACUUACAAGGUACCCAGCUCAUGUUGGAGGCCAGUGCUCAGGAAAAUGUGCCCAUCUUCAUCUACACCAGCAGCAUAGAAGUGGCUGGGCCAAACUCCUACAAGGAGGUUGUCCAGAAUGGUCAUGAAGAAGAGCAUCACGAAACGACAUGGACAAAUCCAUACUCCUACAGCAAAAUGCUUGCUGAGAAGGCUGUGCUGGCAGCAAAUGGAUGGAAUCUUAAAAAUGGUGGCACCCUGUCCACGUGUGCUUUAAGGCCCAUGUACAUUUAUGGGGAACACUCUCAGUUUCUCGUAUACCAAAUAACCAGGGCCCUGAGGAACAACAGCAUCCUGGAUAAUUCUAGCCAGUAUUCCAUAGCCAACCCAGUUUAUGUUGGCAAUGUAGCGUGGGCCCACAUUCUGGCCUUAAGGGCCCUUCGGGACCCCAAGAGGGCCCCACGCGUCCAAGGAAAAUUCUACUACAUCUCAGAUGACACACCACAUCAAAGCUAUGAUGAACUCAACUACAAUUUGAGCAAAGAAUGGGGCUUAAGUCUUCAUUCUGGAAUGAAUUAUCCUCUGUUCCUGGCUUACUGGAUCGGCUUUCUUCUAGAAAUGGUGAGCUUUCUCCUCUAUCCGAUUUACAGAUAUGACCCCCCACUCAACCGCCAGUUGGUGACCUUGAGAAACAGUGUAUUCACCUUCUCCUAUAACAAAGCAAAGCAGGAUCUGGGAUACAGGCCAAUCUUCAGCUGGGAGGAAGCCAAACAGAAGACCAGGGAGUGGAUUGGCUCCCUGGUGAAGGACUACAAGACCCUGAAAACAAAGAUGCACUGA